UUCACUACGAUGCGCGCUUAGUUGCAGGAGGUUCUCCGCGCCCGGUCCCCUCUGCAUGCCUACAACUUUCUAAUGAAAUCCCCAAACACCUUUUGACAAGCAAUAUUCUUUUCUCUCCGGGGCUCAAGAGGGCUUUCAAAACAUUAAGACGCGUUUCUGUUGCAAAGAAAACUUCAGAAUAUGGAGCCCAGUUCCACAGAGGGAGGAGCUGACGACGAGCUCCUUAAAAAUCAUCCGCCAAGUCUUCCUCACAAAGUGAUACUCAAACACGGCCAGGAGCUGCAGGAAGAGCAGGAGGAGUUGGCCGAGCACCAUCCCCUAGAGCAGGAAGACCUGAACUUUGAGAGAUGGAAGCGCAGGCCGUUACCUGAGAGGUCGCUCCACCAGAAAAUAGACGACAUUAAGACAUACUUGUGGAAUGCAGAGACCAAGGAAUUCAUGGGUCGCUCUGGGAAGAGCUGGAGCCUCAUCCUUCUCUUCUACGCCGCACUUUAUUUGUUUCUCGCAGCCAUGUUUGGUGGCUGCAUGUUUUGCCUCAUGUGGUCCAUUAGUCCCUACCAUCCGACCUACAACGACAGAGUGAUGCCACCAGGUAUGACGAUGGCCCCGCACCUAGAAGGCCACGAGAUUGCCUUCAACGCUUCUGAUCGCAAGUCCUGGAAGAAGUACACAAAGUCCAUGGAUGAGUAUCUGAAACCGUACAACGACGGCCCCCAGCAGAAGAAGAACAUUCGCUGCACACACGACGGUUACUUCAUGCAGGAUGACUUGGAGGAGAGCGCAGAGCGGAAGGCGUGCGAGUUCAGGAGGUCCUGGUUGGGGGACUGUUCGGGGCUGCAGGACCCCAACUACGGCUUUUCUCAGGGGAAGCCAUGCAUCCUCCUUCGAAUGAAUCGGAUUCUUGGUUAUUUACCUGGCCAGGGCAAACCAAUAAAUGUGACCUGUGCAGUUAAGAGAGGAGCUCCUGAAGCCUUGGGAGAAAUCCAAUUUUUCCCCAAAAGCUUUUUUGACCUGAAGUACUACCCGUACUAUGGGAAGCUCAGACACGGGAACUACUCCGCACCGCUGGUGGCAGUGCGCUUCACGUCAGCGCAGUACGACACUCACAUCCAAGUCAAGUGCAAACUGAACGGAAAGGGCAUCAUCAACGACUCGCCCACCGACCGCUACCUGGGCAGCGUGACCUUCUCCCUGGAUAUCGGAGCGUGAGGCGAAGAUGUCGCUGCCAGCAGGGUGCUCCCGUGACAACGUGGCAGGAAAAAAUAAAAAUACCCCCCCCCCCCCACGUUGAGCCAUUAUUUUCUCAUGAAAUACGUAAUUUCCCUCUCCUCAUCUUUACCCCAAUAUCCAUACAUUUCCUGUGAAACAAGUUCCUCGAGAAGUAGAUAUUUCCUCUCGUGUUUGUGUUGUGUCUCUGUGCCCCGAGCGUGCUACUGGCUCCUGCACAUCAUAGAGUGAGUUACAUUUGUUUAACUCCUGAUAUGUUGUAAUGAUUAGCAAGAUUAAUCAAAUUAAAUCACACUCUGCCCAAUAGUUAGACUUUCUGGCUAUGCAAAUUGAAUUAUGACUUAAAACGUAACUAGACUAGAAAUAUUGUUCUAUGAGGUUAGAUCAUGGUUUUGUGAGCAGUGUUGUGGGACAAUGUGUACUAAUUUGUUUUGAAUUAUAUUUUUCAACAUGUAUAUUGUAAGAAUUAUCUAUCAUGCAAACACUGAAAGCAGGACUUGUACUGUACUUACACAGUAAAAAAAGACAUAGCAAAUGACUGCAAAUACACUAUUACUAUAUUUUUGUUGAAUAGAGCAGUAUUAUACAUUUACGAUAAAGCAUCACAAACCACUUAUUUCCUUCUCUUGUAAAAACAAUUGUUUCUGGGAAUGAAAUACUACAAAAGACUGAUCAAUAAAGAGACAUACUGUACUGUGAAAUAGUUUGUGAAAGAUCUGUACCAUUUAAAAUAAUAACGUUUUGUGAUAGUAUUAAUCUCUGUCUGAACUUUGCUACUAAACAUGGUAUCAAUGUUGUAUUUAUUCCUAUUAUAGCUCUUAUAAUAAAUACAAUAUUCUGUUA